CCCGGCUCUUGGAGGUUCACAUAGACGACUUUCGUACCAAAAGUGAGGAAUCGGGGCUGCUUUUCCCGCGAAGCUUCACUAGCUAGCUAGCGAGAAAAGUUCACAGCAGCUGGCUGGUCAGUCGCUACUGUGACGUUCGCUGGGCGCUGGAACGCUGGAACUCCAUCUAUCUGUACUACUAGUAGUAGUACGGUUUACAUAGCACACAAUUCGUUUCCUUCAUGGCGGUGUCCCUACUAGUAACAACUUUCGACCAGCAAUGGAGACCAGAACCCAUGUUGACCAAGCCCCUAUGGCAAGGUUGCCCAAUGAUGAUAGUGAACAGACAAAGGAGAUAGAUAGAACUGAUAGAAGUAUCCCGUCAGAUACUGGCGCUCCUGCUACAGCAGCUGCAUCAUCCAAGGGACCAACACUGACGCUUGACCCGGCACUGUUCAAGCUGUCCAAGGAAGAGAGAGAAUUGGCUUUGGAAAUCAAAGAAUCCAUUGAAUGUCUCCCCGAUGUUGACAUGUUAUCUGACUUUAUGUAUGCGAACAUGGCCCUGGUUGGGGGUGUGGAAGAAGCAGUGGAAAAGGCCUACCUGAUGCAAGAAGUUCGGGAAGAGUACAAGAUUCUUCUGACCUAUGAAGAUGGCGUUCGAAGUCUCCGGGACAUUAUCGAACUGCUCCCGCUAGUGUUCAUGUCCUACUCCUUUGAUCUGAAGCAGGAUAGGUCUGUGUUGGUCCUAGAUUGCACAAAGUUCCGCCAAACCGUCUGGAGAGACCCCAAGAGUAUGGAAAGGAUCCUUCGAGGCGCCUUCUACAUGUCUUAUGCAACCUUUCCCAGUUUGGGGAUUGUGAGGGCGGGGAAAACAGACAUUUUUGAAUGGGAGGGUUUUGAGUUAGGAAUGGGAAUGCUGGAUGUCAAGAUUGGGGGACAGAUCACUUCCCAGACAAUUGGAGCAUUCCCAGCCAAUGUCACUACAAAGUUCUUUCAUACGUCCUCCAUGGCAAAUGUUAUCAUUGCCAUGACUAAAAAAUUGGUUCCCAAGAAAAUUGGAUCCAAAUGGGAGUUUGGGUGUCAAUUUGCAGGAGGAAGGUUGGACAAGUUCUACAUGCAGCCAACUCCAGAAGUUGCCAUCGAGAGAGUCUUUCAAAACUUUUGCAAUGGCCUUAAAAUCCGCAUGGAGAGUGAAAAGAUAUUCCGAUUGGAAGAGGACUGAACGCUGCUCGUAACCGCUGUCCAAUGUCCGUAGUACCCUACGAGCACCAAGAGCCAAUGACAUGACAAGCAGUGGAUACGUCAAUUCGUGUAGAAGUACCGGUACGUCAACUAGCUACGUAACGAGUAAAAACCAUUAGAAACUUUGUGUCGACAGCUCCAACCC